GUCCUUCAUACAUCAUAUGAAUAUGAACCUGACACUGGAAAGGGCUGUGACCAUAAUAGGAUUGUAUAGAUUAUGGCAGAGCCAAGACAGGAGCUCAUGCUGGGAUGCAUAGAACCUUCCCGCUCCCACGCCCCCUUCUUCUUUUGCUCUCUAUAUUCUUGAAAUAAGCAUUUAAUCUGUCCCCUUUCCAGUUUCCCCCAUCUCUGCCAUCUUGUCUGGUUUCCAGAAUUCUUUUCCCUGGGGCCUCUUCCAGAAGUGCCAAUGUGUGUCCACCCUUUGGGUCUGGGCACUGAGGCACAGCUUUCCUCUUACUAGUAUUGACUCAUAAUUAUCUCCCCUAGGCAAAGCGUGACACUUGGUGUGGUCAGGGCAGUGACUGAGGGAAGCACAGGGAGCUGAAGUAGCCAGAAGGAGGCUUCUAACUCAGACCGAUAGUCAAUGAAGGCUUCCUGGAGGAGGCGACACCUGAGCUAAGCCACAGCAGAGAAGGAAGGGUAGGGCCAGGGAUUUUUAGUGUGGAGUUCAGGCUCCAUCUGAAUUCCCAAACCCCAGAGGCUGUUCUGAGCCCUAGAACCUUCACUUUGGACCCUGCAGUUUUCCUAGGGAGGGAGCGUGUGUGGACAAGAGACAGGUGAGGUAUGAUCUGCCCUUGUCUCAAGCAGACCCCCAGACCCUUUCCUCUGAAGCUCCUCGGAUCUUCCCAGGCCUCCUGCUCUUCCCCUUCCACAUAGUCUCCCUUGGCAAUGCUGUCCAUCCCCUGGCUUGUAAACACUGCCCUGUCUUGAGGAUAUCCAAAUUGGCCAUCUCCAGUCUCGAUUCAUUCAUUCACCAAGUUUUUAUUGAACACUUACUGUCCCCGGCUCCAUACCAGGUGCUGGGGAGACCCUAGGGAACCAAGCAGACAUGCUCUUUCAUGGAGCUGAAGUUUAGUAGGAGAUACAGAUGGGAAACAAGUACACAAGUGACAGGUGUGAUGAAGUAAUAAGACUUCCUAGAUACAGUUGGCUCAUCUCCCUUGUUUCUAUCCACAGCAUCUCCUUAUUUCUUAGCAUUUAUCAUUGCAAAUACAUGUUUAUUUGUUGCUUGUUUAUGUCUGUUUCUGAAACUGGAAUACGAGCUCCUGAGAGCUUAUUUGCCAGAUAACAUGUUGUCAGAUGACACUGUCUCUCUAGUGUCUAGAAGGAUAUCCAGCAUGUGGUAAGUGCUCGAUAAAUGUUUGUUAAUGAAGGAAAGAACUAGGAAGGGAAGGUGGGAAAAUGAGAAGAAAAAAAAAAUAGAGAACUAAGUUAGAGAAGGUGGGGAAGGGGUUACUUUAACCAGAUAAUCAGGGAAGGCAUCUGUGAAAAUGUAAUGUCUAAGCUGAGAUUUGAAGAUUGAGAAAGAACCAACCAGGCAAAGAGGCUGAGGAGAGCAUUCCAGGCAGAGGAAACAGCAAAUACAAGACCAGGAGGUGAGAAGAGCUUGGCAUACUAGAAGAAAGGAAAGGCCAGUGUGGUUGCACUAGAGUGAGCAAGGGGGAGGGUAGCAGGAGAUGAAGUUAACAAGAAAAUAGGUGCCACAUCACAAAGGGCUUCACAGGCUACAGUGAGGGCAUAUAAAUUUUAAGUGUCUAUAACUCUUAAUUGUCCUCUGAUACUGAUUCCUGGAUUUCUCUUAGGCACUUUAAAUUCAUCACUUCCUGAAGCACACAUUGUGGGUGCCCUGCCCAUAUUUGCUUGGCUCACAUGGGAAGUCAUAGGUAGACAGUGCCCAGAUACCCAGUCUCCCCAGAUGCUUCCUUAGUAUUCUGAGGGAAGGAGUGUGCUCCUGUACCCAGCAGGUCCAAAGUGGAUGGGAGUUUCUGUAACCUUUAACCAGUUAGAGACAGGAAUUAGUAAACACACAUCCCAGCUUUCUGGUUCCUUGGGGGUCAUUUGUGAGGUGUGUUCUCCACAGAGUCUCAGAAGGUCCCCAUUGGGUUUGGGUUCCAAUUAUUUACAGUGGUAACCUAUCAGUCGAUACACCCUUUAUUGGCUUUUUUCCUUUCUUUGUCUCACUUCCCCACUUCUCACGAUCCUUACUGGGAUCAUCUCCCCAGUCAAGUCCUUGCACUCCGAUUCCCAUGUUAGGGUCUGCUUUGGAAGGAACUCAAACUAAGGCACUCUUUAGACAUAACUCAUUAUAUUCCCCUAAAUAUUAUUCUCUCUUCCCCAUCUCAGGCUCGAACCCAGCUGCCAUAGUCAGACAUUCAAGUCUGGUCAAUUCUAGAAGAAAGGCUGCGGUACAGCUAUUUAUCAAUUCCCUCUCUUCUUGUAUCCAGCCCUGUGCUGAACAAUGAGACUGGGAUGAAUCAGAUUAUUUCCUGCUCUUGGGGAGUUUCUAGUCUGUUGGGGAGACAGACCUGAUCCCAGAUAAGGACCAUACAAUGUGCUCAGAACCAUAUCAGAAAAGUCAGAGAAAUCUUUCUUGAAGAGGUGACACCAGCUGGGUACUGAAGGCUGAGUAGGAAUUGGCCACGUGGGAGGCAGAGAGACUCUAAGAAGAAGGCAAAAUUUUAUGCAACACUUUGGGGGUGUGAAAAUAUAGGGGUUUGGCAAGGCAAGGGAGUGGAAAGGAAAUGGAAAGAAACUCUAUAUUGGGUAUGGAGAAGCGAGGAAAAGGGUGGGCAGAAGCUGAGGCAUGUCGGGCCUUGAACAUCAGGCUGAGGAGCUUCUACUUGCUCCUGAGUGUGAUAGCGAGCUAUGGAGGGUAGUAACAGUGUCAGAUUUGGGUUUGAAAAUGAUCCCCUAGUCAGAACUAGGGGGCUAGCUCAGCCAGGCUCCCUAGGUGGAGGCUGAAAGGUAGGCAUUUUUAGGGGGUGAAAGAAGUGAUUUUGAGCCUGAGGCACUAGGAAAAGGGUAGGGACUAAAGUGCAGGAAGGAGUGCUCCUGAACUUGAAAGGGUCCACCUCCCCACGGCCAGCCUUGGGCCUUGAUGUUACCUGAUUCAGCUAAACAAAGCCAGGGAGGGGGGACGAGGCUUGGGGGAUUUGUCAGCUCACUGCCCCUGAGGUAACCAUUAAUCGCUCCCCUGGGAGAAUACAGGGAUUGGUACAUUGAGGGGCAGAUCCUGGACAGAAUGGAGGAACACACAGAGGCAGGCUUGGCACCAGGGUUGGGGGAUCAGAGGGUCCUAAUCGACAACCCUGCUGACAUCCUGGUCAUUGCUGCUUAUUUCCUGCUGGUCAUUGGUGUUGGCUUGUGGUCCAUGCGCAGAACCAACAGAGGCACUGUGGGUGGCUACUUCCUGGCUGGACGAAGCAUGGUGUGGUGGCCGGUCGGGGCCUCUCUCUUUGCCAGCAAUAUCGGCAGCGGCCACUUUGUGGGCCUGGCAGGGACUGGUGCUGCAAGCGGCUUGGCUGUGGCUGGAUUUGAGUGGAACGCGCUGUUUGUGGUGCUUCUACUUGGCUGGCUCUUCGCUCCAGUGUACCUGACCGCGGGCGUAAUUACGAUGCCGCAGUACCUGCGCAAGCGCUUCGGUGGCCAUCGCAUCCGCCUCUACCUGUCCGUGCUCUCGCUUUUUCUGUACAUCUUCACCAAGAUUUCGGUGGACAUGUUCUCUGGAGCGGUAUUCAUUCAACAGGCUCUAGGAUGGAACAUUUAUGCCUCCGUCAUCGCGCUCCUGGGCAUCACUAUGAUCUACACUGUGACAGGAGGGCUGGCAGCGCUGAUGUACACGGAUACUGUGCAGACCUUCGUCAUUCUCGGGGGGGCCUUCAUCCUCAUGGGUUACGGUAUGCUCAUUGGUGGAGGGAUGCGGAGGUCACAGGGCUCUCACUCAGGGAGCUGGGACAUCGAGUGUCUCAGGCGUGUGGGUUGUAGGGAGGGUCUCGGCGCGGGUGCCAGGUCCCCUGACGGCCCUGCCCACACAGGCUUCCACGAGGUGGGCGGAUAUUCAGGGCUUUUCGACAAAUACUUGGGGGCAAUGACGUCGCUGACGGUGUCCGAAGAUCCGGCCGUGGGCAAUAUCUCCAGCUCCUGCUAUCAACCCCGGCCCGACUCCUACCAUCUGCUCCGGGACCCUGUGACGGGGGACCUGCCGUGGCCCGCGCUGCUCCUGGGGCUAACCAUCGUCUCGGGCUGGUACUGGUGCAGCGACCAGGUCAUUGUACAGCGCUGCCUAGCGGGGAAGAGCCUGACCCACAUCAAGGCGGGCUGCAUCCUGUGCGGCUAUUUGAAGCUGAUGCCCAUGUUCCUCAUGGUCAUGCCAGGCAUGAUCAGCCGCAUUCUUUACCCGGACGAGGUGGCGUGCGUGGUACCCGAGGUGUGUAAGCGCGUGUGUGGCACUGAAGUGGGCUGCUCCAACAUCGCCUACCCGCGGCUCGUCGUGAAGCUCAUGCCCAAUGGUCUGCGCGGGCUCAUGCUGGCAGUCAUGCUGGCUGCGCUCAUGUCCUCCCUGGCCUCAAUCUUUAACAGCAGCAGCACACUUUUCACCAUGGACAUCUACACACGCCUGCGACCCCGUGCAAGCGACCGUGAGCUGCUGCUAGUAGGACGGAUCUGGGUGGUGUUCAUUGUGGCUGUGUCGGUGGCCUGGCUACCUGUUGUGCAGGCGGCACAGGGUGGGCAGCUCUUUGACUAUAUGCAGGCAGUAUCUAGCUACCUGGCGCCGCCUGUGUCCGCAGUCUUUGUGCUAGCGCUGUUUGUGCCCCGUGUCAAUGAGAAGGGUGCCUUCUGGGGACUGAUUGGGGGCCUGCUGAUGGGUCUGGCGCGCCUCAUUCCUGAGUUCUCUUUUGGCUCCGGCAGCUGUGUUAGACCCUCGGCAUGUCCGGCACUCCUCUGUGGUGUGCAUUACCUCUACUUUGCCAUUGUACUCUUUGUCUGCUCUGGCCUCCUCACCCUUGUAGUCUCACUGUGCACAGCACCCAUUCCACGCAAGCAUCUCCACCGCCUGGUUUUCAGUCUCCGGCACAGCAAGGAAGAGAGGGAAGACCUGGAUGCUGAUGAACUAGAAGGUCUAACCUCACCCCCUAUACAGAAUGGGCACCCCGAACAUGCAGUGGAGAUGGAGGAGCCCCAGUCCCCAGCACCAGGCCUGUCCUGCCAGUGCCUGCUCUGGUUCUGUGGAAUGAGUAGGGGUAGGGCGGGUAGUUCCCCACCCCCUACCCAGGAGGAGGUUGCUGCAACGGCAAGGCGGCUGGAGGACAUCAGUGAGGACCCGAGCUGGGCCCGUGUGGUCAACCUCAAUGCCUUGCUCAUGAUGGCUGUGGCCACAUUCCUCUGGGGCUUUUAUGCCUGAGGCCAACUGUGUUAGACACCAGGAGCCACAGCCAGGGC